GAUACAAGAAAAAGCAAGCCAAAAAGAGAGGAAAGCAAAGGACAGGAAAGGAAGAACCCUAACAAACGGCUGUAAUAGAAAUAAUCUUCAGUUUUGUGUAUGUAUGGCUGUAUCGUCGUCAUCAAAAGCAGGAGAAUCGUACUUAGGAAGUUAUAUAAGUUUAAUUUCAAAGUAUGAAAUUCGCUAUGAAGGCAUUCUUUACCAUCUCAACGUUCAAGAUUCCACCAUUGCCCUAAAAAACGUAAGGUCUUAUGGAACAGAGGGUCGCAAGAAAGACGGUCCUCAAAUUCCUUCCACCGAUAAGGUCUAUGAAUUCAUUCUUUUCCGUGGUAGCGACAUUAAGGAUUUGCAAGUUAAGACUGCACCACCUGCCCAAAAAGAGGAGCCAGUGCAUGAUGACCCUGCCAUCAUUCAGUCACACUAUGCUGGGGUUCCUUUAAGUUCUUCAGCAUCAGCAUCCGUUGAUGGUACACCUUUUAUAGAAUCUGCUCAGGGGCAAGAUAUGCCUGCUCCAAAUAGCGGAGCAUAUUCAACAUCAUAUCCUCCAUUUCAGUCUGCAAACCAUGUUGUCUCACCAAAUCUUUCUCAGGCUACUGAAAAUACUGCGCAAUCUUUUUCUAUGCCAAUGUAUUGGCAAGGAUAUGAUGGAACAUCAUUCAAUAGGUCUUACACUCCCCAACACUCUCUUCCUUUUCAAUCCCCACCCAUGGCAUCAUCGUCCGUAUUGGUGCAGAAUCAGAUGCAGACUUUAGGAUUGGAGGUUUCUUCAGUAAUGGGACUGACAAAUGCAACGGACUUUGUUACUACCGUACCAUCUGCUACAUCUAGUCUUUUACAUACUAGUUUUUCAACUACUCCUCCAGUACAAUAUUCUGUUCCUCAAGAAAUGCCAUCCUCAUAUUUGAAGACAUCCUUACCAUCACAUGCUGCAUAUGAUUCUAUUGAUAGACUAAAGCCAUAUACAGUUCCGCACUCUAGUGAAUGCACAAGCUUCAUCAAUGCUCAAAGUAUUAACAAAGACGUUCCUGACUAUAUUCCAGUGCAUUCAAAUCGAUCUAUAUCAAAUGCUGUAUCUCCAUAUAAUGCUUCUACCUCCAGUCCCUUGCUAACCCUAACUCCAUCUCUCUUAGUGCCUGGUCAAUUAGCAGAAUCUACAUCGCAUGUGCUUUCUUCUACGAUGUACCCUGAUCAGAAGAACAUGGAUCUUCUGACAUCUUUAUCAUCUAUUUCACAACCCCUGGUUCCUACUUCGGCAUCUCAAGCACCAUUAUUGCCCUUGCCAACUUCUGUACAAAAGCAUAAUCAAUUCACGAUGCAGUUCACUGAGGAAUUUGAUUUUGAAGCCAUGAAUGAGAAGUUUAAUAAGGAGGAGGUUUGGGGUUCUCUUGGAAAGCCAAAGCCAACAGAUAAACCAUUGGGCAAAGAGGACAAUGGUCAAAGUUUGGAGGACAAAGUGGCUCCUCACCUGGUGCCUAAUUUUGAUCCUAAGCCUGCAUACCAGAAAGAUGAAUUUUUUGACACAAUAUCAUGUAAUUCAUUUGGUAUGGGAAGGAAUGGUCAGAACCGAUUCUCUGACAGAAAAAAUCCAAAUACCGAGACUUUUGGCUGGUCAAAUCAGAGGCCUAAUUUGGGCUAUGGCAGUUAUGGCAGGGGUCGUGGUGACAACUAUCGUGGCAGGCAUAAUUGGGGAAGGGGAUAUGGUUAUGGCGGGAGGGGCAACGGGAACUUGCCAUUCUGAUGAAUUCCAGAUUUCCUUUGUCUCAAGGAGAUCCGUUAGUUUGUAUACAUCAUAGCUGCACUUAUGUUUUGUGCCGGUCUCACUUUUUACCAUAGAAAUUAUUAAGUUAGAAUUAUAACGAUACAAGUGUCUUAAUCUUGGGAUUCUAAAAGUUGAGAUACUCGGUAGUAGUUGUCAGAGUAAACAGUUGUGGCAGAUUCAGGUUUGUUUUUUGGCCUAUGAACUGCCCUAUACUCUCAGGGACAUGCUAUUAGAUUUUCCAAUAGAUUUUUGGAGCCCUAAAUCUACUUUACCCUUUUUCUUUUUUCAACAUAUAUGCAUUGGCUGCAGUAUUAACAGACUAAGUUUUACCAGUUGUCUGUCCCGUGUAAAUUACUGCGGACAUUGUUGUGAUGGUAGUGAUUUGGAAAGCAUUAGAAUACGUCCAGCUGAGGGACUUGAAAUUU